AUGAACCCUACAAAAUCAUUCUUGGGGAUGUCGAGCGGCAAGUUCCUCGGCUUUGUUGUCACGACAAAGGGAAUUCACAUCGAUCCCAACAAGGUCCGAGCUAUCCAAGAGCUCCAACCUCCCAGGAAUCUGAAGGAAUUGAGAGGACUACAAGGACGUCUAGAUUACAUUCGAAGAUUCAUCGCUAACCUUUCAGGUAAAUGCGAACCCUUCUCCAAGCUGAUGAAGAAAGGCGUUUCCUUCAUAUGGGACGAGCCUUGCCAACGAGCAUUCGAUGAGAUCAAGAACUAUCUCUCGAAUCUGCCUGUUUUAGCGGCCCCCAUUUUAGGGAAACCCUUCCUAAUCUACAUUCGUGCAAUGGAGCAUUCUCUCGGCGCCCUCCUAGCACAGAAUGACGAAGUCGGGCAUGAGCAAGGCAUCUAUUACCUGAGUAGGACCCUACAGGGAGCCGAACGACGAUACCCUAUGGUUGAGAAGGAAUGUCUAGCCCUGGUGUUUGCUAUCCAAAAUAUGCGACACUACUUGAAGUCUGUCAAAGGACAAGCAAUUUGCAAUCUCAUGGUCAGCCAUCCGCUUGAGUCGAAGACUAACCUGUUCGAAGACAUGUCAGAUGAGACUCACAAAGUCAACGUGACCUCACAGGAAGAUGUAUGGCGACUUUACUUCGACGGUGCAUCCCGGGUAGGCACCAACGGGUCUAUUAUCACAGGUGUAGGAGUGGUCUUGGUCUCUCCACAGAACCACGUCCUACCCCGAUCCUUCUCCCUAACCGAACCAUGUAUCAACAACGUGGCUGAAUACAAUGCACUGCUCAUCGGACUUGACUUCGCCAAGGAGUUGGGGGUGAAACACCUUGAGGCUUAUGGUGACUCUCAGCUCAUCAUCAAGCAGAUGACAGGGGAAUAUGAAGUCAGAAAUGACGACCUAAUCCCAUGUCACCAAGAGGCUAUCAAACUAGCCGGAUCAUUUGACAGCUUCCGCAUCAAGCAUAUACUUCGCUCCAAGAACACACAUGCAGAUGCUUUGGCGUCAUUGGCAGCUAACCUAGCCCAGCCGUUAGGAACAUGCCAACACGUCACCGUCGCCAGCCGACGACUCUUCAAAUCAGAAGACACUCCGGCUGAAGCUAACACUACUUACCAGGCACCAGAUCAGUCUAAAGAGAGGGAUUGGCGUUUCCCAAUCAUUGACUACGUAUUGUAUGGUAUUCUACCUGAAGAUGUCAAAGAACGGGAUUCUGUUCGCAGACACGCUCCGAGAUUCUAUUAUGAUGCGACCACAAAGGCGCUUUAUCGUAGGUCAUAUGAUGGCAUAUUGCUUCGAUGUCUCUCAACGACGGAAGCACGUGAAGCCCUGAAGGAAGCCCAUGGCGGUACUUGCGGAGCCCACCAGCCUGGGCCCAAACUCUGCGAUCGCUUGCGAAGGAUGGGCUACUAUUGGCCCAGGAUGAUCAGCGACGCGGUUGCUUACGCCAAGCAUUGCCAUAAGUCCCAAAUCCAUGCUAAUUACCUCCAUCAACCGCCAGAGGAUCUGCAUCCGACAGCGACCUCGUGGCCGUUUGAGACAUGGGGGAUGGACGUCGUCGGACCGAUAUCUCCUCCAUCUGCAAGAGCCUUUGCUCACGGGCCUCCUUCUGAGUAG